AUGUCACCAAAAAAGCAUCAAGCACCAUCCUUACCAGGCUUACCAACCUAUUCAUCCUCUGGCUCCUCCUCCAGUAGCUCAGAGUCAGAACCAGAAGACUACAAACCAAAGGUCAAGCAAGAAGUAGCCGCAACUCAACAAGUAGAGCCAGUCCAAAUGGCAGAGCCAAUCCAAGAAGUAGAGGCAGCGCAAGGAGUCGUGGGAUACAGCUGGCCACCACCGGGCUCACCCACAGAAGUCGCUGAAGACGAACCCAAACCCGAACUUGAUCCGCUCCCAGAUGACAUAAAUUGGGAUAACGACGAAGAAGCACUCGGAAACGAUGGAAACGAGGGUGAAAACGAAGGAGAACCGCAGACCAGCGGCGUCGGGGCCCAGAACCCCAUAAUCGAAGAGCCCGUAGAACCUUCCUCGCCACUAGGCCCCCAAAUCGACUCAGCGGCUUCGUCGCCGCUAGGUCCAAAAAGUCCCACUCCACCCCCUCCGUCUCCCGGUCCUCCAGCAAACAAACCGAAGGAGAAAGAGACGGGUAUGGAGGAUGACGCGCCAGAUGCUGCUGUAGCCCGCGCGGUAGCCGCAGCAAAGAAACGAAAACGCGAGGAGGAAGCUAGAACUAAGCGCAAGGCGCCGCCGCGGAAGAAGACACGGUUUGCGUCACCAGAGAAAGGGGAUGACGAUGACGACGACGACGAUGACGACGAGUCGCCUGAUGCUCCAUCUGAACCAGCAGUAGUUGAGACAGUGAAGAAGCCGAGGAAGAAGAACAACAACAACGGGAAAAAGGAAAGCACAAAGACGAAACCGGGCAAAGCCCCUCCCAAAAAACCGACAAAGAACACCCCGACAGGCGGUAAGGCAAAGAAGGGUGAGGGUACAGAGAAAGUGAAGUGUAGUGGAAGAACGACCAAGGGCGAGCCGUGUAAGAACGAGAAGAAUGUGAGGGAGGGAGAUGAUUAUAAUUGUGGGAAGCAUAAGUCUGAUAAGUGA